AUGUUCAUCGUCAUAAACAGCUGGCUCAAUAAACUUCAUCGCUUACAGGUUAUUGUCUGGAGCCCACGUCACAGAUUUAUAUUUCCUUCGAAGCUUGAUCAACCCAGAGUUUCCGGCAAUGUUCGGUGUUACCGUUACAGUGGGGGUGUAGUCGAUGAUCCUGGAGGUGGAGUAGUAGACGAAGGUGCGCUAAUGAUAGGGGACCUUUUGCACCCUUUGGACAUUGACUCAACCUUCUGGAAGGGGUCAAUCGACGAUGGUUGCGCUACGUUGUUAUUGGCCCUGUUCUAUGUUGUUUGUGGGUUACCGCGCGGGGGCAGUUCUGCGUUGAAAGUCGUCAGCUUCGAUAUCGCUUUAGGAGCAGAGAAGAACGACGAAUCGGAUUCGGCAUCUGUUGUAGGCGGUGUUUUGAUUAAUAGUGAGGAGGUAUCUUUCUUACCUGGUAUGGGCUUGGUGGUCGUCGCAGGGUCCACAGCGGGUGUCUUGGGUAGUAGUGGAGCUUUGGUCGGGGUCUUUGGUUUUUGUUUUGUUGGUUUGGUGUCUGGGGUAAUAUUUCUAACAUCUCACACAUCAUGUUAUCCCGCAGAUACCACUGGCAAAAUAGUAGAAGAGAAUACAUUUGGUAUUCGUUACUCUAUAAUUUUUUGGGACAUUUGUAUUGAAUUGAGAAAUAAGCCUUCUGUCGCGAUCAUGAACUCUGCGGUGGACGACGAUAACAAGAUGAACCACAACAGUAUCGUGGUGUAUCCAAGUAAUAACGGCCUCGGAGAAGCUCGUCCAUCGACAAUUAGCGCUACGACUACUAAAGGCACGGAGUGGAUGACAGACGAUGUGAAAAGAACAUUCAUUGUUCAGUUCAGAAAAUAUGGGACAGUAAAACAAAGACGAUUUCUCAAUCGGAAGUAUAAAGACGUUACUUGUGAACGAUGCGAGGGUGCUGGCAUUAAAUGCGACAUGAAUAUUACUGCUGCUCAAUACCAGGACUUGUUUUCUUGGUACAUUCAGGUCAAGAAUCAGGUCGACUACGGGCUGCCAAAGAAUAUCCGGUUUUGCUCAAUGUACACGGACUCCGAGACAUUCAAAGACACUAUAGCUAAAAAGAGGAUUUCGAAUGAAGAGGCGUUGAUUAUGGAUCAAGGCAUUGAUGGUAUCGAAUAUACCAGUAUUGGAUCUAGAUCAGGACAACGCAUUCCGGACGAGGAUUUUCACCCAGAGACACAUAUGUUGCAUAAUUCCGAGAUUUGGUUCAAUAUCGAUAUCCGUCUUCAGUGGUCACAGUAG